AUGAGCCGGCUCGGCCUCUCCACCGCUCUUCUCGUCCUCCUGGGCACCCUGAUGGCCGGCACCCUUGUGUGUGAAAGCUGCAAACAGGCCCAGGACCCACGGCCUGCCUUCUGCCUGGACCCUCCCUACGGUGGUGACUGCAAGGCCCUACUUAUCAGGUACUUCUACAAUGCCAGCUCCAGGCUCUGCGAGACCUUUGUAUAUGGCGGCUGUGACGGCAGGCAAAACAACUUCCUGACAUCAGGGGACUGCAGGAAGACCUGUGGUUUUUCCAGUUGGCCCUCGACGCUUAGCACGGUUCCUGUCACAAAGUAG